AUCAACCUCAGAUGACAGCUAACCAUGAGACCUAUCUCCUCAAGGCUACUACACAGAAAGACAUGGAAGAAUGGCUGAAGUCUAUUCGUAGGGUCAUAUGGGCACCUUUUGGUGGAGGUAUUUUUGGACAGAAAGAAGAAACAGUCAGCUUUGAGAAGAGAUAUAGGAACUGCCUGGCCCCUAUGCUAGUAGAACAAUGUGUGGAUUUUAUCCGACAGUGGGGACUAAAGGAAGAAGGUCUUUUUCAACUUCCAGUUCAAUCUAACCUUGUGAAAAAGCUACAGGAUGCCUUUGACUGUGGAGAGAAGCCAUCUUUUGACAGUAACACAGAUGUGCACACAGUGGCUUCACUUCUUAAAUUAUAUCUCCGGGAACUUCCAGAACCAGUCAUCCCCUAUGAAAAGUAUGAAGAUUUUCUGUCCUGUGCCAAUUUACUCAGUCAAGAAGAAAAAAUGGGGGUUAAGGAACUAAUGAAGCAGGUGAAAAAUUUGCCAGCAGUUAAUUACAAUUUCCUCAAAUACUUAUGCAGCUUCUUGGAUGAAGUCCAGUGCUACUCAAGUGCUAACAAAACGAGCAUACAGAACUUGGCCACUGCCUUUGGUUCUAGUAUCCUGCGUCCCCGAGUAGAAGAUUCUAGAACCAUUAUGGAGGGAACCUCUGCGGUCCAACAGUUGAUGUCAGUGAUGAUCCACAAACACAAGCAGCUAUUCCCCAAGUGGAUCGAGCUUCAGACCCAGCAGCCAGAAGUUUUGGGCAACAACAAUGAAAUUCAGAAGAAAUGGAUGACUGACCAGCGACAGAACCAAAAGAACACAAACACCAAGGACAGUAGUCGAAGGUGCUCUUGGGAUAAUUCUCCUCAGAGAAUUAAUACGGAGAAUGAGCCCCCCAUAACUCUAGCGGGGACCAAGACCAACAGCCCACCAAAUAGUGUACACACAUUUGACGUCUCCAGGAGUCCUGCUCUCACAGUAAAAAAAAAUCCUGCCUUUAAUAAAGGGAGCGGCAUAGUCACUAAUGGCUCCUUUAGCAACAGUAAUGCAGAAAAUGAGAAAAUUCUGUACCCUUCCACCGGAAGCCUGCAGCCCAGAAGAACUUCCCUAAAAGGGGCAGGCACUAAAAUGGGGACAUUCAGCGUGCAGAAUGGAGGUGUCCGGAUGGGCAUUUUGAGCACGGACACUCUGGGAAACCCGAUGACCAGUCGGGGCUUAGGCUGGAUGUCCAAUGGCUAUGUGACACUGAGAGACACCAAACAGAAAGAUCCAGGAGGAGAUGCGGACCACCUGAACAGGCUCUCUACCUAUGACAAUGUCCAUCAGCAAUUCUCUCAGACCCACUCAGAGGACAAACAGAGCAUGGACAGCUCUGCCUGGUCUGCCUCCUUGUGUGAAAUGUCCCUUUCUGAACAUUCCAACUCCUGUCAUUCAUCCACCACCACCUGUCCAGAUCUCGACUUCCCUGGGGCAAAUCUUGAAGAUCCUGUGCUAGAAAGAGCGUCCCAAGAGGAGCCCUUCCACCCUGAGGCUGAUAAAGACAGCAGAGAGAAAAGGAAUGGGAGAAUCUACAGUGACCACGCAAACAGCCCUAGUGCUCUGGACAGUCUCGUUUCUAGCCUGAAACAGGAGAUAAAUAAACAGAAGAUAGAAUAUGAAUCUAGGCUAAAGAGUUUGGAGCAACGAAACUUGACCUUAGAAAUGGAAAUGAUGAACCUCCAUGAGGAACUGGAUCAAGAGAGGAAAAAGUUCACCAUGGUGGAAAUCAAAAUGAGAAAUGCUGAGAGAGCAAAAGAAGAUGCAGAGAGAAGAAAUGAUAUGCUACAGAAAGAAAUGGAGCAGUUUUUUUCUACAUUUGGGGAAUUGACGGUAGAAUCCCAUAGAAACGAAAGAGGCAACACUAUAUGAAUUCAUUAAGCAUCCUCGUGCUGGGAUGGCACUCUUGAAAGGAAUUGCAAUGAGGAUAUUAUACUAUAUUAUAUUCUGGUAAUCUGAUUGAUAAAAGCACUCAGCACUAUAAAUCCUGGAAAGAAAAAAACAAACUAUAUUAGAUCAUCUCUCCUUUCAAAGUAAACUAAUCCAAGCUGGGCUGUACUCCUGAAUACUCCAACAAGUUACUGUCGAGUACUGAAGUCUAGUAUAUGUAUAUAUUGUUCUGCUUUAAAGUCAUCUAAAUACAGAAGUUGAAUUUAAUUUGCCAAAUCAACUGAGUUUUCUAUCAAGCUUUCCUCCAUUACAUUUCUGGUACUGAGUUUUGCUGAUUCAUUUUAAGCCUUGGAAGUUUUUGUUACCGAUCUUGCUGGGAAAUGAAGAUAAGAGAAAAUUAUAUUUGUGCAUGUCCCUACAUAUACAAUGUAAGUGGUUAAAAACCCAUUGAUAACUUGUGGUUGUGAAUUUUGACCAUGAACAAAACCCAGUGUAAAUAAUUUCAUAAAAUAUAACCUAUAUACUUAAAAAAAAAACCUUGGGCUUCCCUUUGUUUCUUUAAUUAAAAAAAAUUCUACCUUCUCCCCCUCCUACCUACCCACCCUCUACAGAGAAAGAGAAGGGGGAAAAAUUCUCUUAAAAAGAUUAAUAGUAAAGCAAAACAAAUUCUCACAUUGGCAAUAUCCAAAAAAUGUGUGUCUCAAUCUGUAUUCUGAGUCCUUCACCUCUCUGUCAGGUGGUAAGUAGCAUAUUUCCAUAUAAGUCUUCUGGAAUCAGUUAGUUGCAUUGAUCAGAGUUUCUAAGCCAUUCAAAAUUGUUUAACUUUAUAAUAUUGUUAUUGUUUGAAUUUUUCUUCUUGUUCUGCUAAUUUCUCUUUGCAUCAAUCCAUAAAAGCCUUCCCAGGUCUUUUUGAAACUGUCUCCUUCAUCAUUUCCAUGAAUUGUUUAGCACUUUUCCAGUCUAUCACCCGUAUUUCAAUAAUUUUCUUCUUCCAAUUUCAAUAACUUUCUUUACAAAAAAAAUCACUAUUCCCAAUAAAUUUGUACAUAU